GCCGCCCCGUGGGCGCAGCCCGCUGGUAGGAGUGUGUCGUGGGGACGAGUCGGUUCAUUUCCGACGUAAACUCUGCGGGUCACGGCAGGACACAGCAGCGGCAGGAAGCCUGGGAGAGAUUGAGCUUGGACGUCACGAUGGCAGACAGUGAGACGACGAAUGAGACCAGAGCUGCAGCAGCAGGACCGGCCAAUGGAGACCAGCAGACUGUUGUUUCCAGAGUGAGCAACUUGCCUCUUGUCAGUUCAGCUUGUGGGGCGGUUUCCCAUGCCUACAGCAGCACCAAAGACAGCAUGCCCUUGCUGAAGGGAGUGAUGGAUGCGGCCGAGAGUGGGGCUCGGACUCUGGGAGCAGCUGCAUCCACAGGGUCCAAACCUCUUCUGGACAUUAUAGAACCACAGCUUACCACAGUGAAUGAGUAUGCCAUGAAAGGGCUGGAUAAAAUGGAACAAAAUCUACCUAUUCUUCAUCAACCUGCAGACAAGGUGGUGUCAGAUACAGUGGGUAUGGUGUACCAGUCGGUGGCCGGGGCCAAAGAUGCAGUGGUGGGAGCUGUGAUGGGCGGUGUUGAGCUGACCCGGGCAGCGGUCAGUGGAGGCAUCAGCACAGUCAUGGGCACCAGGAUGGGCCAGAUGGUCAGCAGUGGGAUGAACCUGGCCCUCAGCCGAUCCGAGAACUGGGUUGACCAUAACCUACCACUCACAGAGAGAGAGCUGGCUGCUGUGGCUGAAUCUGCCAACUCUGAGAUGACAACUACAUCUGCCAACCCCAGCUACUUUGUCCGUUUGGGGAAACUCUCUGCCAAGGUACAGGAGCGAGCUCUGGAGUUGUCCCUGAUCCGUGCACGGCAUGCCAGGGAUGCCACCUCUGCAACAGUGGCUCAGAUUUCCAGCACUCUUGACCUGCUGGAGAAAACCCACACGAGUCAGAGCUCAACAAGUAAGGAGGUGGGAGGAGCCACAGAGCAGCUGCUGCAGCACUGGACCCAGUGGAAACAGAAUCAGGAAGGAGCGGAGCAGACUGAGCCAGAUGUGGCCAAAAAUGAACCUGAGCAACUGGAGUGGCGUGUCCUCUCCAUGGUGCGUGGCUUGAGCGACCAGCUGCGGUCAGCAUGUUCCAGUGUGGUUUCAAGUGCUCAAGGUCUGCCAAGCGCAGUCCAGGACCAGCUGACCAAUGCACGACAAUCUGCUGAAGAACUGCACUCCUCUUUAGGGAACACGAGCAGCAUCACACCCCUCCUUCUGGAGCACAGCCGCCACCGCCUGAACCAAGUUCAGCAGUCUCUGGAUGGUGUGAUGGACUAUCUUCUGCACAACACACCACUCAACUGGCUGGUGGGACCUUUUGCCCCCCAGCUGAUAGAGAGAGCAGAGGAUGGUGUGGAGAUGGAGCAGGCUGACACAAAAAAAUAAAUCAGAGGACUUGCUGUUGCUUUUGAAAGAAUUUACUGUGGUGUAUACUGUAGCUGGAACCAAAUUAAAAUAAUACUAUUUUCUCUCUUGAAAAGUGCCUGAGCAUACAUCUUUUCAUGAAGCUCUAAAAUUAAACUUUCUAAUAUCAGUUUAUUUUGAAGUUUAUAUCUGGAAACCUGUGCCCUGAGAUAUUAUAAACACUUUGUCCUUAAUUGCAAUGCUAAAAUAGUUUGGAACAGUAUUAUGAGGGAAUUAAUUAUUUCAGCAACCAUGCUAGUUUGACUUUUGUAUGCAAGAACUUUGAGUCAUUCCAAGAACUAAGACAAGUGUACUGUAUGUGAUCUAUAAAAGAUGUCAUCCCCAACAGAGAUCUUUGGUGAGAUGUAGCGAGUUUCUGGUGCAUAUGAUGCAUUUGCUUUAGUUUCUGUGUUGUCAAUUUUUUGUAUCUUUUUCUCUGAAACAUAAUGGGUGUAUGGAUCGAGCCAGUAACGUUAUCAGACUGGACAGAGCCAUUAUGUGGUGAGGGAUCACCAUAGUAUUUGUUGUGGUGUUACUGGUGUGGUCCGUCCAUCUCACUGAAGAAGUUUUAAUAACUGUAGACCAAACAACUAGAUCUUAAGACUCACUGUUCCUCUGACUCUGCUUGGUUUUUUUAAAAAAGAAAACAAACACACUUCCUUGCAUUAUUAUUAUUUUUUUAUAUUCAUUAAUACUUCAAUACAUGAAUAUAAUCUUAUAUCUUCUAAAUAUAAAUGUAUAUUACUGGCAUUGCAUUUACUAAUGGAUUCAAUUAAAUUCAGUUAUAAC